GAUGGAGGGCGCCGCGCGCCCUGCCCGCUGCUCGGCGUGACGCGGGCCCGGCGCCCCGCGCCCACCAUGUCCUACCCGCAGGGCUACCUGUACCAGGCGCCCGGUUCGCUGGCGCUCUACUCGUGCCCGGCCUACGGCGCGUCGGCUCUGGCGGCUCCGCGCAGCGAGGAGCUGGCGCGCUCGGCGUCGGGCUCGGCGUUCAGCCCCUACCCGGGCUCGGCGGCCUUCACAGCGCAGGCGGCCACCGGCUUCGGGAGCCCGCUGCAGUACUCGGCCGACGCCGCCGCCGCCGCCGCCGGCUUCCCGUCCUACAUGGGCGCACCCUACGACGCGCACACCACCGGCAUGACCGGCGCCAUCAGCUACCACCCGUAUGGCAGCGCGGCCUACCCGUACCAGCUCAACGACCCCGCGUACCGCAAGAACGCCACGCGGGACGCCACGGCCACGCUCAAGGCCUGGCUCAACGAGCACCGCAAGAAUCCCUACCCCACCAAGGGCGAGAAGAUCAUGCUGGCCAUCAUCACCAAGAUGACCCUCACCCAGGUCUCCACCUGGUUCGCCAACGCGCGCCGGCGCCUCAAGAAGGAGAACAAGAUGACCUGGGCCCCGAGGAACAAAAGCGAGGAUGAGGAUGAGGACGAGGGCGACGCGGCCAGAAGCAAGGACGAGAGUCCCGAUAAGGCGCAGGAGGGCACGGAGACCUCGGCGGAGGACGAAGGGAUCAGCCUGCACGUGGACUCGCUCACGGAUCACUCGUGCUCAGCUGAGUCGGACGGGGAGAAGCUUCCUUGCCGUGCCGGGGACCCCCUGUGCGAAUCGGGCUCCGAGUGCAAGGACAAGUACGACGACCUGGAGGACGACGAGGACGACGACGAGGAGGGCGAGCGGGGCCUGGCGCCGCCCAAGCCCGUAACCUCGUCGCCGCUCACCGGCUUGGAGGCGCCGCUGCUGAGCCCCCCGCCCGAGGCCGCGCCCCGCGGUGGCGGCAAGACGCCCCAGGGCAGCCGGACGUCUCCGGGCGCGCCGCCCCCUGCCAGCAAGCCCAAGCUGUGGUCGCUGGCCGAGAUCGCCACGUCGGACCUCAAGCAGCCGAGCCUGGGCCCGGGCUGCGGGCCACCUGGGCUGCCCGUAGCCGCCGCGCCGGCCUCAUCCGGGGCACCGCCGGGAGGCUCGCCCUACCCUGCCUCGCCGCUGCUAGGCCGCCCCCUGUACUACACGUCGCCCUUCUACGGCAACUACACAAACUACGGGAACUUGAACGCGGCGCUGCAGGGCCAGGGCCUCCUGCGGUACAACUCCGCGGCCGCGGCCCCCGGCGAGGCCCUGCACACCGCGCCCAAGGCGGCCAACGACGCAGGCAAGGCGGGCGCGCACCCGCUCGAGUCCCACUACCGGCCCCCGGGCGGCGGCUACGAGCCCAAGAAAGAUGCCAGCGAGGGCUGCACCGUGGUUGGCGGGGGCGUCCAGCCCUACCUAUAGAAGGGCCGAGCAGAGCAAUGCAAGUAAGUGGGCACCCUGGUGCUUCCCAGACCCUCUGGAGCCUCCCAGCACCAGCUUGCUUAAUGUGUUUUUCUUGCUUCUGGUCAUGGGGUUAGAAGACAGAGCAUUUCAAUCUUGUCCAGUCUUUUCUUUCCUCAAGGGGGAAACUAUCUUUUCUGUUUUAUAGAUUCCCUCUUUUUGGCACAAGUUCUAUCACUCCUUUACCUAGGGAAAGAAAAUAUAUAUAUAUAUAUGUGUGUGUGUGUGUGUAAUAUAUAUAUGUGUGUAUAUAUAGUACAUGUAUAUAUAUAUAUUACACACUACUGUUGUUUUCUUUUGAAACAAUAGAUUAUUACAAUCUGGGCAUUCGUAUGCAAUUUAGAGCCAUUUUUACUAUGCUAGACACAUAAUACACACAUGCUUUGAUGAGCUUGGGCUACCAAAACUCGGAGUAGCAAAAAUCUUUAUAGAUGAUGUUUGCAAAAUAAGACUGAAGAGACACAAGGCGUCCUAGUCUUUUAUCAGCCCUUCCCAACCUCCCCUCCACCCAUGUCCAAGUGGACAGGACUCUGACAUUCUCCUGGGGCUCACAACAGCAUCUGAAAAAAUUUGUUGCUUUGCAAUGAGUCAGAAUUACUAAGUAUAGAUCUUGAAGAUAAGAAAGAGGCAGAACCACUUCAGAUCAACUCGUUUUUAUAAUGGUGUUGGUGUGGAACUGAAAGAUUGGGGAUGAUUUGGUUUUUCCUUGGUCCACAGGUAGGUGUCACAAUUGCUUUGAAAAAAAAAAAAAAAAGUCAGGAGGCCAUUCUCUCUUCCCAAGCUCAUAAAUUUACAGAUACAACAAACAGAUGUCUAAAUCCAGACCACAUCUUGUGCCACUGUAAAAGAGAAGGAUCCACACAGCACUGUCAACCCACAGACUCUAACAAUUGGAACAGACUAUUGUUGGACAUACGUGAAUUUGUUGGCAUAGUAUAGUUUCCCCUAUGUAUGUGUGACUUUUGAAAACAAUCUGUUUUUCUCAGGAUAUCUUGAAUUGAUCACUUCAUUGCCACGGUAUAUAUUCUAUAGGUGUGAUAGGAUUUACUGUAAAGUUUAUUUGUAAAAGAUGUACACAGUAGAAAUAAAACGUGAUUGAAGAACUUGAGUACUUCAGAAGUGGAAACAAAUUUGAUAUUUAUUUUUAUAAUGAUAUAAAGCUUCUAGUAAUUUAUGCAAGUUGUAUUGCAAUGGAAUCUAAACUUUUUGUAAAUAAAUUCUGCCUGGUUUUUAUUUGAACAUUGCUGGUUAUACAAUCUUUGUUGGUUGUUUAACACGAAUUCUUUACUAAUUUAUAUCUUAAAUUGUAAAUAAAAACAGACUAGUCUACAAUAAUAUGGUGUUUGGGGCUUAUUUUUCCUAGAAGAAUGAUUUGGGGUGGAGCUCCAGUGAUAACCUCCAGGUGAUCUGAUCACACCUUUUUAAUGAAAAGCUGUGUGAAAUAAACUCUCCUUUCCUGAUCAUUAAAAAAAAAAAAAAAAAUCAGAUGGAAAGGAAGUAUACAAUCAGGAGAAACAUGUGCUCUAGAUGAUUUCUAUAUAUGUAUUGCAAAAAAAAGAAAAAAAAAAGAUUUUUGUGCCCUGAGUAUGCUAAUUACUUGUUAGUGUAAAUUUUUAAAACUUGGCAAAAUAAAAUGAUCUGACACCCUA